UGCCCUAACUUUCUCACCCCUGCGGCCUGCCACCGACCCCAGCCCCCAUCCUUUCCCCUUCCCCUCUUCCCUUCCGGCCGCUUGCCAAACGCCAUCGGAAGCCCCCGCGAGGCCACAUCGAAGAUCGGGUUCUUCACUCUUCAGAAAUCAGAAUCCUCCUCGUCGCCUCUUCCGCUUCCGCUUCCGCUUCCGCUCUCCAACGAUGGAUCAGUAAUCGGGUGGUUCUUUACAACCCAGAGUGAGAAAUUAGAGGAGGAGAGAGAGAGAUAGAGAUGUCAAGCUUCUCGGUGCCGGAGGUGUCAGCAUCGGAGAUCGCGUCCGUGCUCGCGUCAGAGGGCAUCGUCUCUCCUUCCCUCAAACCCGACGAUCUCGCCUCGCCCUCCCCCGACCUCCUCCUCUCCAUCUUCUUCAACUUCUUCGCCUGCAUCGACCCUCUCAGUGAUGGCGCCGAUGACCAGAUCGGGUUCGCGGCGUUGAAGCACCUCGACAACCCUGACCACCACGCCGACUCCAUUAGGAUCCUCAGCCUCUACCGCAAGGCCAAGGACUUCCUCGCCUCCAUCCGCUUCCCUGAACUCACCCUCCGUGACCUCCUCAAGCCCGACCCCAGGCGCGCUUCGCAGAUCCUCAGCGCCCUCGUCAAUUUCCUCUAUUACAGAGAGGAUAAGCUGGCUAUGCUGAAGCCCAUUGUGAAUGAGUUUCCAAACUCCGAGGAAUGGCAGGCCGAGCUUAAAGAAAAGAUCGCCGAGCUUAAGAAGAGGAUUAUGGAACAUGAGGUUUCAGCACAGAUGGAGGAGCCGUUAGUUCAGCAAGUGGAGGCAGAGGUUAAGGAGUUGCGUCAGACCAUCCAAAACUAUAACAAGCAGCAGAUGUCAUUGAAGGCACGGGCCAAAGAGCUCAAGGAGAAGACAGAUGCUGUCAACAACAAGAUAUCUCAAGCUGAUUUCGAGUUAGUGAAAAAUGCCCAAGAAAAUUCCAAACUAUUGUCUAAAAUUGUGCAGUCCCCAGACAAGCUACAGCGAGCCCUUGAGGAGAAGAAAACAACUCGCACUGAGGCUAAGAACUCUGAAAAGUUGGCAAUGCAGAGUGUUCAAGAGAAAACUGCCACAUUGGAGAUGUACUCUAAGGCUUAUGACAAAAUGUCCAAGCACUUGUCAAAGAUGCAGGCUAUACAAGAACAAGUAGUUUCAGCCAAAACUGUGGAGAAGGAAGUGAAGGGCUUGAAAGCUAAGCUCAGUGAUGAAAGUGUUUCGAUUAUGGCCCUCGAAGCAAAACUAGUUGAACAGCAAGGAAAAGCAAAAGAAGCUGAAGAAUUGCUCAAGGCAACUGAGAAAGAUAAAGAAUUGAGAUUAUCGGAGGAAGCACAAAAGCUUAACACUCUACGGGCUGAGAUGGAGUGGAAGCUGCAGUGUCUUGAGCCUCGGGAAAGGAAAGUUGAAGCCAUGGUUGCUAAGGGCGAUAGUUUUUGUUCAGAAGCGGAUACAGUGAGAGAAGCCGGAAGAGCAAAACAGCAAGAACUGCAAGCCAAAAUGGAAGAGAUUGUUAAUUCGUUUCACAACUAUUCCAAUGUCGUCAGUCCAUUCCUGCAAAGGCUUGAGGAGGUGGAGGGGGAAACUUUACGAAGUGGGGGACCUACAAGCUAAAAGUUUUGCAACUUUGUAAAGUCAUUUUGUUUGUGAAUGUUUAUUAUUAUGGGCACUCGAAAUCAAAUGUUGUUUAAGCUCCUAUUUUAUUUUCAAAGCACCAUGGAUGGAUCUCACUAUUUAGAUGGAAUCUUACUUCUCUGUUGAGAUUUGUUGUGUGUGAUUUGUGUUAUCAAACCAAGUGUUGUCA